GUAACGCGUGGACUUCAGAGUGGAGUGUGUGUUUGUGUGUGGCGAGUGCGGUCGGACUGUGGCUUGUGUUGUGUUGCAGCCAGUCUACUUCCCCCCACCCCACCCCCUCCCUCCCCUCGUGUUUAGCUCGCAAAGCGAUGGGAAUGUGCGAGCAAUGGCUGUGAAACACACUGGCAGAGCGUUGCUGGCCCUGCUCGGGCUGCUGGCCGUCGGGAACGCUCUUCGUUGUAACUGCACAACCUGCGAGAAGACGGGCUAUGAGUGCGAGACUGAUGGCGCCUGCAUGGCCUCCACGUACACUAUCCAGGGAAAGGAGCAACACAUGCGCAUCUGCAUCAACAGUGACAACCUGGUUCCACCUGGGCAACCCUUCUACUGUCUGAGCGCUGAGGGUCUACUCAACACUCAUUGCUGCUAUGUAGACUACUGCAACAGUAUUGACCUGAAAGUCCCUGUGCCCACAAAGGAGGACCUCUCGGGCUCGGCCGGCUCCUGGGGCCCUGUGGAGCUGGUGGCGGUCAUCGCGGGGCCUGUCUUUCUGCUCUGUGUGCUGCUCAUGGUGGGCGUUUUCCUGUUCCAAUAUCAUCAGAGGGCCUAUAGUCACAGGCAGAGGCUGGAGGUAGAGGACCCGUCCUGUGACCAUCUCUACUUGGCCAAGGAGAAGACCUUGCAGGACCUCAUCUACGACAUGUCCACCUCCGGAUCAGGCUCUGGCCUGCCCCUGUUUGUGCAGCGGACUGUGGCCAGGACCAUUGUGCUGCAGGAAAUCAUAGGAAAGGGCCGCUUCGGCGAGGUCUGGCGAGGCAAGUGGCGCGGAGGGGACGUGGCGGUGAAGAUCUUCUCAUCCAGAGAGGAGCGCUCCUGGUUUAGAGAAGCAGAGAUCUACCAGACAAUCAUGCUGCGCCAUGAAAACAUCCUGGGUUUCAUAGCAGCAGACAAUAAGGACAAUGGCACAUGGACUCAGCUGUGGCUGGUGUCAGACUAUCAUGAGCACGGCUCCCUUUUCGACUACCUAAACCGCUACUCGGUCACCAUCGAGGGCAUGAUCAAGCUGGCGCUGUCGGCUGCCAGCGGUUUGGCACAUCUGCACAUGGAGAUCCUGGGCACUCAGGGCAAGCCCGGCAUCGCGCACCGUGACCUCAAGUCCAAGAACAUCCUGGUGAAGAAAAACGGCAUGUGCGCCAUCGCCGACCUCGGCCUGGCCGUCCGCCACGAGUCCAUCACGGAUACAAUUGAUAUUGCCCCAAACCAGCGUGUGGGCACAAAAAGGUACAUGGCUCCAGAAGUGUUGGACGAAACCAUCAACAUGAAGCACUUUGACUCCUUCAAGUGCGCCGACAUCUACGCUCUGGGCCUGGUGUACUGGGAGAUCGCGCGCCGCUGCAAUGCGGGAGGUGAGACCCAGCCUCCGCUCGGCCUCUUCGCCUGCCGGGUGGAUCCGAGGGGACGAGUUCGAAAACCUGACCGUUUCCUUCCCGCUUGUCCCGCAGGUAUCCACGAGGAGUACCAGCUGCCCUACUAUGACCUGGUGCCCUCUGACCCCUCCAUAGAGGAGAUGAGGAAGGUGGUGUGUGACCAGAAGCUGCGGCCCAAUGUGCCCAACUGGUGGCAGAGCUACGAGUCACUGCGCGUGAUGGGCAAGAUCAUGCGGGAGUGCUGGUACGCCAACGGCGCGGCGCGGCUCACGGCGCUGCGCAUCAAGAAGACGCUGUCGCAGCUCACUGUGGAGGAGGACAUCAAGAUGUGAACGAAGCCCUGCCAGUUUUGAAGCCAAGGCCUACCUCACCUUUUUAGCCAAAACUACUGAGACCCACCGACCCUGUCCAAUGUCUCCUCAGCCUCGCUCCCACCUCUGAACCGCUUCCCGUCGUCAUGGGCCACAGCACUACCACUGUUAAUAUCAUCUCACUCAAUUGUUUCGUUUUCAUCUUCCAGAUGGCAGGAACUACUAUUGUACAGUAUUCUUUUAUUAUUUUUUUUUUAAAGAAAGAAAUCAUUCAAAUUGUCCCACACACGUACGGCUGUGAAUGUUUGGGGAGGGCGGAGGCCAUGUUUGUAAUGCCGUGUGAUACAAACUCACCCUCGUCACAUCCAUCACUCCCUGGAGAAAACAAAAAAUGUGACCGUGUGUAGCUUCCUCUGUGCAACCUGCAGGCAAUCACUGGACUGGCAGGGAAAAAUGUUUUUAAUUUAUUUGUGUUUUUUGGCUUGAUGUGGACGAACACUGUGAGACGAGCGGCGUGUCUCUAAUCGGCGUUCUCGUCAUCCGGCGUCGCGAUGACAUCGGCACGCUGAGCCGAGGGGCGUAUCAAAUGUUUUUAUUCUUUUUAAUAUAUAUCUAUAUGUUGUGUGUUUCUGUCAUGAAUCAUGUUUUCUUUUGUGACUUUCAACACUACUGAUGAUGGGUACCUUUAUUUUUUUCCUCUUCUCCCCCCCCCUUUUUUUUUAAUAACACUCCCCCAUCCACAAGCAACAAUGUGAACAGUGACGGUACUUUGACUUAACAAAACAAAAUGUAUCUGAUGGAUUUUCUUUUGUUUUUUUACCCCCCUCAUUCGUUGGUACUACUGAUCCCACGUGUUUGCUGCAGCUGUUUUCCUUUAUUUUCAUGUUUGGGAUUGCCGAGCGAAUCAUUUGCAGGACUCGGCAACGCAGAUGUGUUUCCAAACACCACCUCUUACUGACACUGGAAUAUUUUUUUGGAGUGACCUGGAAUUCUGGAUCCUGUUUGAUUGCAAAGCAUGAUGUCAUAAGUAGUUCCUGGAAUGGCUGCCAAAGUGAAGCUGCAUGUUUUUCAUCAGUUUCGUUUGCCUUGGCCACGCUGAGGUGUUGAUCAGGAAUCCCUGUCUGUUUGUUUGUGUCCGCAUUUGUCUGUCGCGCAUGCAGCCGGGGAUUAACGGGAGGUACAUCCUGUCCAAAAAGUACAACUGCCCUGGCCAUGUUUUGUUUUGUUGCCAUAGACAUCCUGUCCAUGUGUAGUAUUUCAAGAUAGAAAAAUCUGUGUCUUGAAGAUGUUUUCAGGAUUAGUGUAUAUAGAUAUACAAUAAAUUCCUUUUUUUUCUUAAAA